AUGGCAUCAGUGGACAAAGGCAAAGUAAUCAAUGUCAUCUAUCUGGACCUGUGCAAAGCCCUCAACACUGCUCCACACGACAUCCUGGUACCAAAACCGAAAUUAUGUGGAUUCAAUGGAUGGACCAACUGCUGGGUCGACCUCACGCGCACCUUUACCUUCCGCAACUCCAAGCAGACAUACACAGGAAUUCCCAUUAUAGUGGCAAACAUGGACACUGUGGGGACAUUUGAAAUGGCUGUGGUCAUGGCAAAACAUGCAAUGUUCACCGCAAUUCACAAGCAUUAUUCUCUGGAAGAAUGGAAACUGUUUGCUGCCAAUCACCCAGAAUGCCUUGAGCAUGUAGCAGUAAGCUCAGGUAGUGGAAAAGCUGAUUUGGACAAGUUAACAAGAAUUCUAGAGGCCAUUCCACCUAUAAGAUACAUCUGUCUGGAUGUGGCAAAUGGCUAUUCAGAGCACUUUGUGGAGUUUGUGAAGACUGUCCGUGACCUGUUUCCGCAUCACACAAUUAUGGCAGGCAAUGUGGUGACAGGAGAGAUGGUAGAAGAACUUAUUCUUUCUGGAGCAGAUGUUAUUAAAGUGGGUAUCGGACCAGGUUCUGUGUGUACCACUCGGAUUAAGACAGGGGUGGGCUAUCCACAGCUAAGCGCUGUUAUUGAGUGUGCAGACUCUGCACAUGGCUUGAAAGGACAUAUCAUCUCUGAUGGUGGAUGCAGCUGCCCAGGAGAUGUCGCCAAAGCAUUUGGAGCUGGUGCUGAUUUUGUCAUGCUUGGAGGAAUGUUUGCAGGUCAUGACCAGUGUGCUGGAGAGAUUAUGGAAAAGAAUGGCAAGAAGGUGAAACUCUUCUAUGGAAUGAGCUCUGAUACAGCCAUGAAGAAGCAUGCAGGAGGGGUUGCUGAAUACAGGGCUUCGGAAGGCAAAACUGUGGAAGUUCCAUACAGAGGGGAUGUGGAACCCACCAUCCUGGACAUCCUUGGGGGGCUGCGCUCCACCUGCACCUACGUGGGAGCUGCCAAACUCAAGGAACUGAGCAGGAGAACAACAUUUAUCCGGGUCACGCAGCAACACAGUCAGGUCUUCAGUUAGCCAAGGACAGGAGGUCUGGAGAGAGGGGUGGGGGAGAGGAGCAGGAAGGGCUUCUGCUUUGUUUUGCUUUCUCUUCCACGCGCUGUUAGUGGCAAACUCUCCUCUCUCUCCGAAUGGCAGUGUCAUAGCCAUUGGAGGGGUAUGGCUGGGAUUUGGAAGGGGAAGGUCGUGCUGUUAACACAGUACCAUUGUUCAAAAUGCAAUAGCCUCAUCUUUUAUUGUUGUGCCUAUUUCAUUUU